GAUUAAUUUAAAUUAAGAUUUUAAUGAAAAGAUUGAAUAAUGUGAACGGAAAAGGCAGAUUUUUAUUUAAUUGUUUAUAAUUUUUCUCUUUUUGUUGCUUUUGAUGAUUCUUGAUGAUUCGAUUGAAAGAGUGUGCAGGGCCCUUGAGAUGCGUGAUACGUUCUUGCGCAAUUAUGUUCUUGCAUUCGAAUGAUUAGCAGUGAUAUAUGAAUGGCACAACACUGAUAAUACACAAUGAUGCUUAUCUAUCAAUUUCAUCAUAACGUUGCAAACAAUUCAAUAUUCAAUUUUCACGCAGAAUACCCUUCUAAUUUUAUUUAAUAUACUGAUUGCUUAUCAGAUUUGUAUAUUUAUUUGCGGCUGUUUCGAUACUUUUGAGUUUUAAUCCAAAGCUUUCUUAUACAAUGGAUUAUCCUAAUCUGCAAUCUUUCUUAAAUUACACACGAGUAAUCGCUAUUAUGCGAUUUGCAAUAAAUAAUUAUUAUAAAAAAUUAAAACUGUAUCAUAUAAUUGAUAACCAAAUGUAUAUUCGUAAGCGCGAGCUUUUAUAGUUUUACGUUUGCAACUGUAUUUCGAAUCAAAGAAGAUUAAGAGGAAUAUUAAAAUUCGAUUCCCAUCAAAUAUAUAAAAGGCACAUUUGAUAUAAUACGCCAAAAUUUAAAGAAUUUUAUUGUCAACAAUGAUCUUUAAUAAGUUAGUUAUAAAUCGUUUAAUACACACACAUAUAAAUAAAUUUGGAAGAUAAUAUAAAUCAUAGAUUUGUAUUUUUUUUAUAGACAUAAUGCAAAAUUAGGUGACUUUAUUGACAACGAAUAUAAAAGUGAGCAAAGCACAUAAAAAUCUGACAUCAAGUCGACUUAAAAAAUUACAUUGGAUAAUAAAAGACUAAUUUACAAUACCAAUUUCUGAUUUAUUAUUAUAUUUUGUUAUUUGUUCACGCAAAAUUUGUUCCAAAGACAAUAUGACUAACAAUAAGUACUAAGAAUUUAUCUUUUGCUCCAUAAAUAUAUAUGCAUGUGUGCGUUAUCUGUUAUGUUUAUUCUGCUUAUAGAAAAAAUGUUACAUAACAUCUCGUUGCGAAGGAGCGAAAAUUGCUGUAUAUUAAAAAUGCUCGGCCGCAGCGCACUAUUUUCAAGCACAAAGCUCACGCACUGAACCUAUAAAUAUAUCCUCAUUUUGUCUUAACUUCUUGUAACAUUACGAAAGGAAGCACGGCUUAUGCGAAACGUAUGUUUUGCACAGUCCGACUUAAGAUUCAUUUGUACAACACAUUUGCAAGAUUUGUGCUGGAAUUAUCUCUUAAUUGGACACGAUGACGAAUGAAAGAUUGGACCUGGACAAACCCUUGUGGGAUCAGAACACUUUUGUAGGAAGAUGGAAAUACUUCGCGUGGAUGACGGACUUUCGCACUUGCGUCAAAUCAGAAUCGGAGCUGCUAGCUGCUAAACAGUUGUGCGAACAAUACAGAAUUGGUAAAGAGCCAACUGGUACUACUAGAGAGCAAAUUAUCUAUGCGAAGAAGUUGUACGAAUCGGCCUUCCAUCCCGACACCGGUGAUCUGCAGAAUGUCUUUGGUAGAAUGUCCUUCCAGGUGCCAGGAGGAAUGGCCAUCACCGGUGCUAUGCUUCAAUUUUACAGAACAACACAGGCGGUAGUUUUUUGGCAAUGGGUCAACCAAUCUUUCAACGCGCUCGUCAAUUACACCAAUAGGAACGCUAACAGUCCUAUAACGACCAAUCAGCUAGGUGUAGCUUACGUUAGUGCUACUGUUGCGGCGAUGAUAACUGCGAUAGGAUGUAAAUCAUAUUGGGAGAAGCGCGCGAGUCCUCUAAUGGCUAGAUACGUUCCGUUUGCCGCAGUGGCAGCCGCUAAUUGCGCUAAUAUCCCUCUAAUGAGACAGAACGAAAUUAUGAACGGUGUAGAUCUCAAUGACGAAGACGGCAAAAAACUUACAAAAUCAAAGCUCGCGGCUGUGAAAGGCAUCAGUCAAGUCGUCAUCUCAAGAAUUGUUAUGUGCGCGCCUGGCAUGCUUAUCCUACCUCCUAUAAUGGAAAAAUUAGAGAAGUACGCGUGGAUGCAAAGAAUUAAACCACUGCACGCGCCGAUACAAAUCAUGAUGUGCGGAAUUUCAUUGACGUUUAUGGUGCCGACAGCGUGUGCACUAUUCCCACAAAAUUGUCCCAUCAAGACGACUACCUUGCAACGCUGGGAACCGGAGAAUUAUGAGCUUUUGAAGAAAAACUGCGAAGGUGGCAAACUGCCGACAUAUUUAUAUUUUAACAAGGGGUUAUAA